GUGAGCCAGGCUUGAGAGGUCUGCCUGGUGUUACGGGUGAACCUGGAGCUAAAGGAGCAGUGGGACCUGCUGGCCCCGAUGGACAACAAGGCCUAAGAGGUGAACAAGGUCUCACAGGGAUGCCUGGAGUCCGAGGCCCACCAGGACCUGCUGGAGAACCAGGAAAGCCAGGUCUCACAGGACUCCAAGGACCUCCGGGAUUUCCUGGAAGCCCUGGCCAACCAGGCGCUAGAGGUGAACCAGGAGCUCCAGGCAAGAUCGUGACUGCAGGCGGGACAUCGACUCUCACUGUCCCAGGUCCACCAGGACCUCCUGGAGCCAUGGGACCCCCGGGACCUCCAGGUGUCCCAGGCCCUGCUGGCCCAGCUGGUCUCCCAGGACAGCAAGGCCCGAGAGGGGAGCAAGGACUUGCUGGCGAAUCAUUCAUUAGCAGCAGCAGUUCCAUCUCCGAAGUCCUCUCUGCCCAAGGUCUUGAUUUACGAGGUCCCCCAGGCCCACCUGGACCACCUGGGCCACCAGGACUAUCCAUUCCAGGUCCCCCAGGUCCCAAAGGAGACCGAGGCUUCCCAGGGUUCUCAAGCUUAGGUUCCAGUUCUCUCGGACUCGACCUGCAGGGACCGCCCGGCCCUCAGGGACCUAAAGGUGACAAAGGGGAUCCAGGUGUCCCUGGCAUUCCAGGUGGUCCCUCUCAAGGGGGAUCAUCGUCCAGCACCAGGUUCAUGCAGGGCCCACCGGGCCCGCCUGGCCCCCCCGGGCCCCCGGGCUCCCUCAGCAGCUCUGGCCUGGAGAUUCAGCAGUACAUCUCUGAGUACAUGCAGAGUGAUAGUGUUCGGUCUUAUCUAUCCGGAGUUCAGGGUCCUCCGGGUCCCCCUGGGCCCCCUGGGCCUGUCACCACCAUCACGGGUGAGACUUUCAACUACUCGGAGCUGGCAAGCCUCGUCGUGAGCUACUUACAGAGUUCGGGGUACAGCAUCGGCCUGUCGUCGGCUGCCUCCAUCACUUCUGAAGACGUCCUGGCUGCGCUAAAGCGGGAUGACGUACGUCAGUAUCUCCGUCAGUUCCUGAUGGGCCCUCGAGGCCCCCCGGGGCCACCAGGAGGCAGUGGAGAUUGGUCCCUCCAGUCUUUGGACUAUGCAGAGCUGAGCAAUCGCAUUCUCAGCUACAUGUCGAGUUCUGGAAUGAGCUUUGGGCCUCCUGGCCCCCCGGGACUCCCUGGCUUGCCGGGACCAUCCUAUGAGGAGCUCCUCUCCUUGUUCCAAGGAUCUGAAUUCAGAGGCAUCGUUGGGCCGCCAGGUCCCCCUGGGCCACCAGGGAUCCCAGGCAACGCGUGGUCCAGCAUCAGCACGGAGGACCUCUCAUCUUACUUGCGUACGGCCGGCUUGUCAUCCAUCCCAGGCCCGCCAGGCCCUCCGGGUCCCCCAGGCCCUCGAGGGCCUCCGGGUAUCUCAGGAGCGCUGGCAACCUAUGCAGCUGAAAACAGCGACAGCUUCCGGAGCGAACUGAUUAGCUACCUGACAAGUCCUGAUGUACGCAGCUUCAUCGUGGGUCCCCCAGGCCCUCCUGGGCCUCAGGGGCCACCUGGAGACAGCCGCCUGGGGUCCACAGAGGGCUCCUACAGCAGCUCAUCCUCCAGCCGGAGCACCUCCUACAGCUCUUCCAUGGGUGUAGGAGGAACCAGCGGAGGCUCCCUGGGGGAAGGGGGGGCCUUUGGCUCCGAAGGUGGCUUGUAUGGUGGUGACGGCAGAUUGUUCGGGGCUGGCUUUGCUGGAGGUCUGGAUUACAACGAGCUGGCUGUCCGAGUGUCCGAGAGCUUGCAGCGUCAAGGCCUGCUGCAAGAGAUGGCCUACACUGUCCAGGGCCCACCAGGCCUGCCUGGGCCCCAGGGCCCCCCCGGCAUCAGCAGGGUCUUCUCUGCCUACAGCAAUGUGACUGAGGACCUCAUGGACUUCUUCCGAACUUACGGAGCCAUUCCUGGACCCCCUGGGCAGAAGGGAGAGGCUGGCAUCCGAGGACUCAAAGGUGAGAGGGGCCCUGCUGGGCCACCUGGCAGGCCUGGGCCACCCGGCGCUCAAGGGCCCAAGGGAGAAAAAGGAGACAAAGGUGACCAAGUCUAUGCUGGGCGGAGGAGGAGAAGUAUCGCCACCAAGCCAUGAGCUGCCCUUGGCGGAACAGCCCCCAGACCAGUUCUUGCAAUGGCUUAUGGUGCUUAAGCCAAAAUCUCUCCAAAGGAUGAAAGCUGGAGUCUCAAUCUCCUACUGACACAGCAUAGCCAGUCAACUAAACACUUAUUUUAGUCUGAAACAAUAUACACAUAUAUGAAUAAUUCAAAGACACACAAUCUGAAACAGCUUCGUUAGGUAGGCUCGAGUAGUUGCAGUCCUGCAGCACGAGACUGACUUCUCUGCUCUCUGCACCUGAGCUCCUUGGCUUCUCUAACACUCGUUCAAGCCCUAACCUAGGAAAGCCAGUUACACAGAAGUUGGCCCAGGAGUCCUUGAUCUCUGCCUAAAAAUGAGCCAGGAAAAUGGAAGACCGGGAUGGCAGGGGCCGCCUUCCAGGGGGCGACACCUGAUUGGGGGGUAUUCUGGUUAAUGCCAUAAAGCUGUGGUGUCAGCUCCUUCCUCCCCUUCACUCCAGUCACAGAAGAGUUGGCUAAGAAGCAACUCUUGCAACUGAAAAAGUUAAGAAAUUCACUUCCCCUGAAGGUGGCUACAGGGUUUCAAAUAGUUAUUUCUCACUAUAUAUAUUGCCACUUGCUUAGAAACUUUGACUGUAGCUAUAAUCUGUAUCCGUAGGCCUGUGCUAGAGUUUAUAGAUAUGUUGUUCUGAACUGUUUGGGCUGCAGCAGACAGAGAAGGGAAGGGCAAGGAAGAGAGGAGGGAAAAUAGAAUAUCUUCUGCUUGGGGCAAGAUGUCACCUCUGUUCUGCACUUAGGAAGUGGCAUUGGGUACUGGGUGCAGUUGGUUUUUUAAGCACUUUUCAAUGUCUAAAAAUGUUAACGUGAUCUAUUAGAUGAAAAGUCAUUUCAAAAGUAAAAUUUCCAAUUAAAGGAUUUUUCUUCUUUUUUAAAUAUUAUGUGUAAUGUGAUCCAUCGAACCAAAAGUUAAAAGAAUAUUUUGGUUUUGACUCUAACACUAUUCCAAACACUAUUCUGGGACACACUUUCUGGCAUUUUGUUUAAUAAUUGAGAUCGUUAAACGUAGACCUUUAUCUGUAACAAAUUACUCAAUUUGGGCACUUAGAAAGCAUCUGAAGGGUUUCCCUAAGCAUAAGUUACUUGAAAUAAACACACAUGCAAUAGAUGAGCAAAAAGAUUCUUUUCAAUUAAUGCAGUGAUUUACCCUGGGGAAGGAAUUACAACUGCAGAGCAAGUAAUACAGAUACCAAAAUGCCUACUGGGGAAAAACGCACAAAUAUCAAAUGCCCCACAGAAAUGCUCAGUAAAAUCCAACACGCAAGUUCAGAAGAGGCUACCCUGGCCAACUAUUGAAUUUGUGACAAAAUGUGACACUCAGUCGCUGGAUAAUUUAAAGUGGGCUUAAAUGAAAAUCUACUUCUAACCUCUACUCUUGUAAAAGACUGGACUAUUUUGUGUGUGUGUCCUCUCCUAUCUCACAUAUUAUCCUAGGAAAAAACAUAACACUUAAUUCCACUACAUCAAACUGCUGGCAGCAACCACUAGUCAAGCACUAAACAUUCUACAUGGUCUGUUUGCCGCCUUUUUCAUAUCCUAUAGUCACCUGCUCUGAAUCAAAACAGGAAUUCUAAAAAAAAUGAGUUCAUAAGGCCUUCAGAAUUUCAGACUUUUUACUUCCCAAUGAAAACUUACCAUGUAUAAUAAAUGACUACAUUGUGUCUUUUUAACACUUUGGUUUUACCUAAA